GCUAUAUAAAUAUGCUUAUGCUUGUUUGUAUUUGAGACACUUGUUUAAAUGUUUUUCUUUUUCGUUUUUUUUUUUUUUUUGGUACUGGGAAUUGAACUCAGGACCUUGCACUUGCAAGGCAGGUGUGGUGCCGCUGAGCUAAAUCCCCAGCACCAUUUGAUUAAAUUUUUGUGUCUGAACUACUAUAUUGUCAAAAUAAGCCAUUUUAAUGAAAAUCCUGGAAAAGGCUGGUAACUGGCCGUGGGAAACCCCAUUAGUUCCCUUAGCAUAAGAACGUAUACGUAGUGGGUUUUAAUGGUGGGUUGCUGUCACAUUUCUGAUCCCAAAGAACUCAGUCCUUUGCUCUUCCAGUUGCUAGCAAGCCUCUUAAUUUCUUGGUACCUCACCUUCAUCUUUAGAGCAGGAUGAUCCUAUUAUUAUCACAGUGGGGUGCUUUUUCCUUUCAGUAUACCCAAAGGGAGCAGCAUUUGUAGGCAGCCUGCUUGACAUCUUGACAUUCUGCCUUAGGGGCAGGAGGGGAACCCAUGCUUUCAUGGGCACAGCAGCUCAGGGUACAUGUAGACCCUCACCCCGCAGGUGUGAGGGACACACAGACCUUUCCCAACAGUGACCAACCUGCAUAGAGAAAUGGACCCUAGAUCUUCUGCAUCUAAUUCUUUCUGGUCAUCAGUUCAUUUUUAAGCAAAUUCUUUGAAAGCCUCUGACAGUAACAGUAUAGGAUAUUUAAAGAAAUUAAAGAUUACAGAAAAAAAGCAAAAAUUCCAAAAAGUUGAGAAAGAAUUGUUUUUCAUGUGGUGCUACUCCCAACCUUGUUGCCAUGUGUGAUCUCUUUUCUUCCAGUCUUUCUACCUCUCUCUCAGUCCAUUUACCUUACACAGAGUGAGUCCUCUCUUCAGAAGCUGAGCAGCCAUGACCUGCGCUGAGGAAAAGACUUAUAAGUUUAUCUGCCGCCAUCAUAGUAAUUUUUGCCAUGUUGAUGUUCUGGAGAUUCUUCCUUACCUGCCCUGCCUGACACCCAGUGACCAGGAUCGACUGCGUGCCUCCUACACACGCCUGGGGAACAGAGACACACUGUGGGACCUCUUCAACACCCUCCAGCGGCGGACAGGCUGGGUGGAGUACCUCGUUGGGGCGCUGAGGACCUGUGAGCUGAGUGGGCUCGCUGAUCAAGUGAAUCGUGUGUACCAGAGCUCCCAGCCUGGUGGGACUCCAUCCCAGGCCCCAGGCCCAGUGAAAGCACUGGAAGUUCCUGCUGAGGUUCCAGCAGCCCAUAACUCUGGCACAACCCACAGUGUCCCCCACAAUGGCUACCGAGAGGAGCCAAGUUACCCCUGGCCUGUCCAGGACACCCAGCCACCAGAGUCCCCCAGGGAGAGUUCAGAGCAGGUCCCACAGACAACCAGUUUGGGGGCCAUCCCAAGGAGGCCCAGUGGAUCCUUGGAGCCCUCCUCUGACCUGCCAGCCCUCAGUCCUCUGACCCCCAGCAGGCAUCAGGAGCAGAACCCAAAACUGGGCAGCACACAGGGGACAGGCCCAGUGUCCAGCCCCACAUCACCCAGAGGACCUGUGUCUCCAACUGUCUCCUUCCAGCCCCUGGCCCGUGCCACCCCCAGGGUGAGCCGCUUGCCUGGACCCGCAUGGGCAGCGGCAGCCAUGUCUGUUAGCCCCUCCUUUUCCUCCUCUCCUUCUUCCACUAGCUCGCCUUCUACAGGCAGUGCGGGUAACCAGGCCAGGGCCUCCACCUGCCCCAGUGAGGUACCCACAGAGGUACCCACCAACUCUGUUACUACCAGCUCAGUGCCUUCUCCCACCACUCUGAAGCCUGUGACCACUAUGACCUCCAAAGUGCCUGCUAGCCCGGCACCUGUCAGCAUUGUGCCUUCCAAGGUGCCCACCAGCUUGAAGCCCCCUGGUGCUAAUGUGCUCACCAAUCCAGCACCAUCCAAAUUGCCUAUCAACUCAGCACGUGCUGGCAUAAUGCCAUCCAAAGUGCCUACUAGCAUGGUGUCCACCAAGGCGCCUAACAACACAGUGCUGUCCACUGGGAGCAGCACCAGAGCCAAGGAGAUCGCAGAGGCUCCAGCACCUACAGCUACUAUUGGAGCCAGCUCACCCUGGCCGAAGAGCAGCUCUGGGGACCUACAAUCUUCAUCAGAAAUGAGCAAGCCUGGCGAGCUACAAUCCCAGCAGUACAGCCAACCAUACUCCGGCUGUUCUGCAGACCUCGCCAUCAGCCCCAGCAGCUCCCUGGCCUCAGAGCCUACCCAUGGCCCAGAGGAGAAUGAGUAUGCGUCCUUUGGGAUCCGUGUGGCUGAGGAUCCCAGUGCCAACCUCAUGGCUGUCAACCCUGAGCCUUGCACUGUCUUGCAAGCCCAGAAAGAGGAGAAAGAGACAAAUAUUGGAUGGUCAGUGUCCUGGACUUCCUGGCUUGGAGCAGCUGUGGCAAGUGCCCUCCUGGGUGUGCUCCUGGCGGUGCUGUACCGGCGGCGCUCACUCUAGUGAAACCUUGGCUUACUGCACCAUGCACCUGUGCUGUACCAUGCACCUGUGUCACAGUGCACUUUCUCAGGCUGAGAGGGGCUGGAUCAGAAGGGAGCUCAGGGACUGCAGGCUGGUGGGAGGUUGUGGUCUGGCUUCACCCAACCCUGGGGGCAACCUUUCCAUCUUAGCUCCUGCUCUCUGCUUGUCGCUGAAGCUCUGGGCAGUUCCCAGAACUCGUCCACCUGGCACUGAUGGUUGUCACCCUGCAUGCCCCUCAGUUUUCCCUGACCAGGCCUCAUCCCUGUUUGCCUAAGCCUGAAGAUCAGGAGGUGCCACGAGAGAGCACAUGGGGCGGCAGUUCCCCUUAUCGCACCUGGGCCUCCAAGGCUCAGUUGCAGAUGUGCUGACUGGGGACCCUGUAAGACCUUGCUCCCAUCCACAGCAGCCCAGGCUGAAGCUGGGCACUGGAGCUGGGGAGCAGCUGGGUGGCAGGUCUCCAGGGAGCCAGCUGCUUUGGGUCCCCUGCCCCUCUGGUCCCUCUCCACUGCCAGGCAAUGCUGGAGGGAGGUCUUGAGGUUCAGAGACCUAGAACUCUGAGGCAGCUGCCAGGCUCAAAGAAGACCUCUGGAGCCCCUCUCCAGCACCCUCACCCCCAUUUCUCUCUUUCUAUCUUUCCUGGUCACCAUUCUUUUGGCUUCCUGUACGGGUUUAGGGUAGGAACACUGAGUGGGCAGAGCUCAGGCCAGGUUUAAACUUCAGGUCCACCCUUUCGGGGCUGUGUGGACCUGGCAGACAGUCAGACUUUGGUCUUGUUUCCCCAUGUGGACAGAGUCUCAGCUCUUCCUUCACUAGGUUUUUCUGAGAUUGAAGCAUGCAGCUGUUUGUCCAGGGCCUGGCUCGGGCGUGACUGCCAAGCACCCCUCUCACCUCCCUCUGCCCCUGCCUGAGAAGCAAAGUGCACUGUGAUAAGGGUGCACUCUGCAUCGAGACAGCUUAGCCUGCAUCCUGCUGUGCCUGUCACUAGCUCUGUGGUCUCUGGCAAGGUAUUAACCACUGUGUGCCUCACUUUUCUCAUCUGUUAAAUGGGGGAGAGUAUCUCCUAGUAUUGUCAUGAGGAUUAAAUGAAUUUAUCAAUCUUA